GACUGGACACUCUUCUCUUGAACAAUCACUUUAUUCUCUCCUCUCUCGCUCCAGCUCAACCGACUCGUACCGUGGUCUGCGGAACUCUGCUCGGCGUCGGCGCUCGCUCGCAGCAUGGCUGCUCUCUCUCUCUCUCUCUCUCUCUCUCUCUCUCUCUCUCUCUCUCUGCAGUCAGGAGGUGCUGCCACCUAACGUGGGGCACCUACAUUUAUAUACAUAUUGUUUGUUUACUCUACAUAUAUUAUUCAUGUUCAAAUUAGCGUACUGUAGAAAUUUUUCUCGCUCUUUAGAUCAGAUGCGAUUAAAAUAAAAUUUUACGCACAAGUUAACAGCAUUUUAUAUAAAACAAUGGGCAACUUAAAAUUUGCUAAAAUAAGAUAUCAAGGCGUAUCUAAAGAUAUAGUAACUGUGCCAAUAACAUUUAACAAGGAAAGUGCAAAUGAAUGCAAUCAUAGCCACAAAAUCGUAAUGAUUUUGACCGAUCAAAGGAAUAUUACUGUAGAAGACCUUGUCGAAAAGAUUGUGAUGAAAAGCAUAUUCAUGAUGAAUAUGUUAAAUGCAUAGUACUGUUCUUGGGAGAAUCAACUAAAGCCAUUGAAGAACAGUCUCAAGUAAAAAGACAAAGAAUACCUAACAUCAAGGCUGAUUUAGGUUAUUUAGAUCAGCGUAAGACUUCCAAUAUAAGUGAUAAAAAAACUAAAUUUGUCGCAAAAUGCUGCUAAUAAACGAUCAAGAAGAGUUUUAGAAGAAUUUUUAGAUCAAGACAACUUUCUUUCGGAUAAUCCAAUGCAUCAGAAUCAGAUAUGCCAAAGAAUUAGAGGUAAUAACCAGGAAGCACUUAAUGAUGAUGUGCUAAGAGGAAACAACGUUAAUGAUGUGCAGCUUGGAGAAAGCAAUGAUAAUGAUGUGCAGCUUGGAGAAAACAACAAUAAUGAUGUGCAGCUUGACGAACACGAAAAUCUUCAAAAUGAUAGAAGAGAAGAGAUGCCAAGAUUAGUAGUCAAAAAGGGUUAUUUGAAGCCCUUAAUUUGUGCAUCUAUAAAUUAUUAUAGAUUACAGAAUGCUGCAGGAUACGAAGAUAGGCAAAGAAGAUUUAGGACGUUAGAAAAUGAGCGCAUCGAUUUAGGAGAAGGUAUCUCAACUACGUAUGCUAAUUAUCAGCUGCUUUUAACAGGGACUCUCUCAACGGUUGCUAGAGACUUAGCUAUUAUGAUAUGGUCACCAAAUUUACUAGCUAUAAGAAAUCUUACUGAUUUUGAAUUGCCCUUAAUAAGACUUUAUAUAAGCAUUUAUCAUGAUUUAAUUGAGAGAAGAAAAAAUAUAUCAAUAGAAGAUCGGGCUAAAUAUCUAAUGCAAGUUAUUAAUCGCCUUAGAUAUAAAGUAAGAGACCUCAAAACUACCCAAAAAAAAGAGCCAGAAAAAACACAGCACGAAAAUCUCUAGCUUAAUAAUCUCAAAACAGAUUUUUUUUAUUUUAUUUGUUUUUUAGAAUAAAUUCAGUAUUUUGUUUAAAUUUUUAUGUUACGCACAGUAUUCGUGCACUACUUUGUGACUAGUGAUUUUACGAAUAUCAUUUUUACAGUUAUAACUUUGAAAAAAGCUUUGAUGCUUUUAAAUGUUAACACUAACAUAAUUAUAAUUGUUCAAUCAAAAGAAAAAAUGCCAAAUAGUUUGAGAAAAAAGUUAGUUUAUUGUUAUAGAAAACGAUUAAUAAGUAUUAAUAACAAUAAUAAGACUGUAAAAUAUUUUUAAUAUUUAAGUAGGAAAAAAAAAAUAUUGUAGGUUCGAAACAUAAGGUUAAGCGUUGAUAAAUAAUCGUCAUAGAAGGCUUGUGUUAGUUUAAAAACUAAUUAUUCCAAAAUAAUUUUGCCAAAAUAGAGAUACUUUAUUCCCGCAAAUGCAGAAAAAAAAUACGAGGGAAUAAAAAACUACUUUAGUCACGCUUUUCAAAUAAUAAAUUGGCUAUUAUAGUUAAGCCGUAAAUAAAACUAUUUCAACCCUUCUGCCUCUCACUCUCACACUUGAAGUAAGGGAUGGUAACGGAAAACCAUAAACAAAGUUGGGGCUGUUCACAAAGUCAUUGCCAUAAUCGUCUUCAGCAUCCACGAAAACCCUUGAAGCAUUUUUUCGGCGAUUCUCCAUGUUUUCACCCUCCAAGCCCCCAAAAUCACCCCUAAAGUGAGGAUGGGAUGGUCAUAGUGGUGGCUGUUAAUAAAAUCAUUGCCAUAAUCGUAUUCAGCAUCCACGA